GGAUUUGGCAGCAGCGGCGGCGGAGGAGCAGCCCCUCGCCUCUCAUUAGUCGCUGCCAUGGGGGUCGGAUAGUGGGGAGCGCAGGGGGGCAGCACACACCUGGCGUGGGGGUGGGAGCGGGAGCGUCUCUGCUUUUAUUCCGUUUACACCCGGCAGAAAGUGAGAAUAAUGCAGCAGCGGCAGCAGGAGCAGCAGCGCCCAGAAGAGGCAAACUAUGCAAGUAGUACCAGAAUUCCUCUCCCUGGUGACGGACCAACUAUUCAGUCAAACAGUUCAGCACCAUCCAAGCAAACUGUUCUAUCUUGGCAAGCUGCAAUUGAUGCUGCUAGACAAGCCAAGGCUGCCCAAACUAUGAGCACCACCACAGCCCAACCCGUAGGAUCUCUUUCCCAAAGAAAACGCCAGCAAUAUGCCAAGAGCAAAAAACAGGGUAAUACAUCUAACAGUCGGCCACCCCGUGCCCUUUUCUGUUUAUCCCUCAAUAACCCAAUACGAAGAGCCUGCAUUAGUCUAGUAGAAUGGAAACCAUUUGACAUAUUUAUACUACUGGCUAUUUUUGCCAAUUGUGUGGCCUUAGCUGUUUACAUCCCAUUCCCAGAAGAUGAUUCUAAUUCAACUAAUCAUAACUUGGAAAAAGUAGAAUAUGCCUUCCUGAUUAUUUUUACAGUAGAAACAUUUUUGAAGAUUAUAGCAUAUGGAUUAUUAUUACACCCCAAUGCAUACGUUAGAAAUGGAUGGAAUUUACUGGAUUUUGUAAUAGUAGUAGUAGGAUUGUUUAGUGUAAUUUUGGAACAAUUAACCAAAGAAACAGAAGGAGGUAGCCACUCAGGUGGCAAACCAGGUGGCUUUGAUGUCAAAGCCCUAAGAGCCUUUCGUGUGUUGCGACCUCUCCGGCUUGUAUCAGGAGUGCCCAGUUUACAAGUUGUCCUGAACUCCAUUAUAAAAGCCAUGGUUCCCCUGCUCCAUAUUGCCCUUUUGGUAUUGUUUGUAAUCAUAAUCUAUGCUAUUAUAGGAUUGGAACUUUUUAUUGGAAAAAUGCACAAAUCAUGUUUUCUUGUUGAUUCAGAUAUAUUAGUUGAGGAUGAUCCAGCACCUUGUGCAUUCUCAGGGAAUGGACGUCAGUGUGCCACGAAUGGCACCGAAUGUAGGGGAGGCUGGGUCGGACCAAAUGGAGGCAUAACCAACUUUGACAAUUUUGCCUUUGCGAUGUUAACUGUGUUCCAAUGUAUAACCAUGGAAGGCUGGACUGAUGUGUUGUACUGGAUGAAUGAUGCUAUGGGAUUUGAAUUGCCAUGGGUGUAUUUUGUCAGUCUCGUCAUCUUUGGGUCAUUUUUCGUACUAAAUCUUGUUCUUGGUGUAUUGAGCGGGGAAUUUUCCAAGGAAAGAGAAAAAGCCAAAGCCCGAGGGGACUUUCAGAAGCUGCGUGAAAAGCAGCAGCUUGAAGAGGAUCUGAAGGGAUAUUUAGAUUGGAUUACACAGGCAGAAGACAUUGACCCUGAGAAUGAGGAGGAGGGUGAUGAAGAAGGCAAACGGAACACAAGUAUGCCGACAAGUGAAACUGAAUCUGUGAACACUGAGAAUGUCAGCGGAGAAGGAGAGAGCCCAGCAUGCUGUGGCAGUCUGUGUCAAACUAUCUCAAAAUCCAAGUUCAGUCGACGCUGGCGUCGCUGGAACCGAUUCAAUCGAAGAAAAUGUAGAGCUGCAGUAAAAUCUGUCUCAUUUUAUUGGCUGGUUAUUGUCUUGGUCUUUCUGAACACAUUAACUAUCUCUUCUGAGCAUUACAAUCAACCUGACUGGCUGACACAGAUCCAAGAUAUUGCAAACAAAGUACUUCUGGCAUUAUUUACCUGUGAAAUGUUAAUAAAGAUGUACAGCUUGGGCCUACAGGCUUAUUUUGUAUCCCUCUUUAACCGUUUUGAUUGCUUCGUCGUUUGUGGUGGCAUUGUUGAAACCAUACUGGUGGAGUUGGAAAUUAUGUCACCCCUGGGAAUCUCAGUGUUUCGCUGUGUUCGUCUUCUACGUAUUUUUAAAGUGACAAGGCACUGGACAUCCCUGAGCAACUUGGUAGCAUCCUUGUUAAACUCAAUGAAGUCCAUUGCUUCACUGUUGCUUCUGCUUUUCCUCUUCAUCAUAAUCUUCUCAUUGCUUGGAAUGCAGCUGUUUGGAGGCAAAUUUAAUUUUGAUGAAACUCAAACAAAACGGAGCACCUUCGAUAAUUUUCCACAAGCUCUUUUAACUGUAUUCCAGAUUCUAACAGGUGAAGACUGGAAUGCUGUGAUGUAUGAUGGAAUUAUGGCAUAUGGUGGCCCAUCGUCAUCAGGAAUGGUCGUCUGUAUAUACUUCAUUAUCCUCUUCAUCUGUGGUAACUAUAUCUUGCUAAAUGUCUUUUUGGCCAUUGCUGUGGAUAACUUGGCAGAUGCCGAAAGCCUGAAUACAGCUCAGAAAGAAGAAGCAGAAGAAAAGCAGAGGAAAAAGAAUGCCAGAAAAGAGAGUCUGGAAAAUAAAAAAGGUGACAAAUCCCAAGGUGACCAAAAGAAGGCCAAGGAUAAUAAGGUUACAAUUGCUGAAUAUCGAGAAGGAGAAGAUGAGGACAAAGACCCCUAUCCACCUUGCGAUGUACCAGUAGGUGAAGAUGAGGAAGAUGAGGAAAAUGAACCAGAGGUACCAGUUGGCCCACGUCCCCGAAGAAUAUCUGAACUAAAUAUGAAGGAGAAGAUAACACCGAUUCCUGAAGGGAGUGCCUUCUUCAUUUUCAGCAGCACCAACCCAAUUCGAGUGGGAUGCCACAGGCUUAUCAACCACCACAUCUUUACAAACCUCAUCCUUGUCUUCAUCAUGCUCAGCAGUGUUUCCCUAGCGGCAGAAGACCCAAUUCGCAGUCACUCUUUUCGAAAUAACAUACUUGGUUACUUUGACUAUGCUUUCACAGCCAUCUUUACUGUUGAAAUCCUGUUAAAGAUGACAGCUUUUGGAGCAUUCCUUCACAAAGGGUCUUUCUGCAGGAAUUACUUCAAUUUGCUGGAUUUGCUAGUUGUGGGUGUUUCUCUGGUGUCGUUUGGGAUUCAAUCAAGUGCUAUCUCUGUUGUGAAGAUUCUGAGAGUUUUAAGAGUCUUGAGGCCUCUAAGGGCAAUAAACAGAGCAAAAGGACUUAAGCAUGUUGUUCAGUGUGUCUUUGUUGCUAUUAGAACUAUUGGUAAUAUCAUGAUUGUCACAACUCUGCUCCAGUUCAUGUUCGCCUGUAUUGGUGUACAGCUUUUUAAGGGAAAAUUUUAUCGGUGCACUGAUGAAGCAAAACAGAAUCCUGAGGAUUGCCGGGGAAUAUUCAUUGUUUAUAAAGAUGGAGAUGUUGAUAAUCCAAUGGUCAGAGAAAGGGUUUGGCAAAACAGUGAUUUCAACUUUGACAAUGUUCUGUCUGCUAUGAUGGCCCUUUUUACUGUGUCUACCUUUGAAGGCUGGCCUGCGCUGCUAUACAAAGCCAUAGACUCAAAUGCAGAGAAUAUAGGCCCUGUAUACAACUACAGAGUGGAGAUUUCCAUCUUCUUCAUCAUCUAUAUCAUCAUCAUUGCCUUCUUUAUGAUGAACAUAUUUGUUGGUUUUGUCAUUGUUACAUUCCAAGAACAGGGAGAACAAGAGUAUAAGAACUGUGAACUGGACAAAAAUCAGCGUCAGUGUGUGGAAUAUGCCUUGAAGGCACGCCCUCUGCGUAGAUACAUCCCAAAAAAUCCUUACCAGUACAAGUUCUGGUAUAUGGUGAACUCCACUGGGUUUGAGUACAUCAUGUUUGUCCUCAUCAUGCUGAACACGCUUUGCUUGGCCAUGCAGCACUACGGACAGUCUAAGCUGUUUAAUGAUGCAAUGGACAUUCUGAAUAUGGUUUUCACAGGCGUGUUCACUGUUGAAAUGGUUUUGAAACUCAUUGCAUUCAAACCCAAGGGCUAUUUUAGUGAUGCCUGGAAUGCGUUUGACUCCCUCAUCGUUAUUGGCAGCAUAGUAGACGUCGUACUCAGUGAAGCCGAUCACUAUUUCACUGAUGCAUGGAACACUUUUGAUGCCUUAAUUGUUGUUGGUAGCGUCGUUGAUAUUGCUAUAACAGAAGUUAAUAACUCUGAAGACAGCGCUAGAAUCUCCAUCACUUUUUUCCGUCUCUUCCGGGUGAUGCGAUUGGUGAAGCUUCUCAGCAGGGGUGAAGGAAUCAGAACAUUGUUGUGGACAUUUAUUAAGUCAUUUCAGGUGAGCAUGAUAAUGUUAAAUCUGCCUUAUGUUGCUCUUCUGAUAGCUAUGCUGUUUUUCAUCUAUGCUGUUAUUGGAAUGCAGGUAAUUAUGAUUGCCAUGAGGGACAAUAAUCAAAACAGAAACAACAAUUUUCAGACUUUUCCCCAAGCAGUCCUGCUUUUGUUCAGGUGUGCAACUGGAGAAGCAUGGCAGGAAAUCUGCUGGCUUGCUUGCCUGAAACGCUGUGAUCCAGAAUCUGAUUAUAGUCCAGGGGAAGAAUUCACAUGUGGAAGCAACUUUGCAAUUAUUUAUUUCAUCAGCAAAUAUAAAUUUUGAAUUGCUUUUUAGAUUAUCAAUCUGUUUGUGGCUGUCAUCAUGGACAACUUUGAUUAUUUGACACGUGACUGGUCUAUUCUGGGUCCACAUCAUUUGGAUGAAUUCAAAAGAAUAUGGUCAGAAUAUGAUCCUGAAGCAAAGGGAAGAAUAAAGCAUCUUGAUGUAGUUACGUUGCUGCGACGCAUUCAGCCUCCACUUGGUUUUGGCAAAUUAUGCCCCCACAGAGUGGCAUGCAAGAGGUUAGUAGCCAUGAACAUGCCUCUGAACAGUGAUGGAACAGUCAUGUUCAAUGCUACUUUAUUUGCCUUGGUUAGAACUGCGCUGAAGAUCAAAACAGAAGGUAACCUAGAACAGGCAAAUGAAGAACUUAGAGCAGUUAUAAAGAAAAUCUGGAAGAAAACCAGCAUGAAGCUUCUUGAUCAAGUUGUCCCUCCAGCUGGUGAUGAUGAGGUAACCGUGGGGAAGUUCUAUGCCACCUUCCUGAUACAGGACUACUUUAGGAAAUUCAAGAAACGCAAAGAACAAGGACUGGUGGGGAAACAUCCAGCAAAGAACACCACAAUCGCUCUACAGGCAGGACUAAGAACUCUUCAUGACAUUGGCCCUGAAAUUCGUCGAGCUAUAUCCUGUGACUUGCAAGAUGAUGAACCUGAGGAAAAUAAUCAUGAGGAAGAGGAAGAUAUAUAUAAAAGGAACGGUGCCCUGUUUGGAAACCAUAUAAAUCAUGUUAGCAGUGAUAGGAGAGAUUCGUUUCAACAAAUCAAUACCACACACCGUCCCCUGCAUGUCCAACGGCCUUCAAUUCCAUCUGCAAGUGAUACUGAGAAAAAUAUGUACCACCACGCCUCAAAUUCUGUAUUACAUAACCAUCAUAAUCACAACUCAAUAGGAAAGCACGUUCCAAACUCAACAAAUGCCAAUCUCAAUAAUGCCAAUAUGUCCAAAGUUGCUAAUGGAAGGCACCCAAACAUUGGAAAUCAUGAGCAUAGGUCUGAAAAUGGAUACCAUUCAUACUCCAGAGCUGAUCAUGAGAGGCAUAAAAGAUCAAACAGUAAGAGAACACGCUAUUAUGAAACUUACAUUAGGUCAGACUCUGGUGAUGGGCAUCUACCAACUAUUUGCCGUGAAGACCAUGAAGUUCAGGAUUACUGCAAUGAUGAUCAUUAUAUGGGAGAGCAGGAAUAUUUUAGUGGAGAAGAGUAUUACGAAGAAGACUAUAUGUUGUCAGGAAGCAGGCACACGUCUGACUAUCACAACAGAUAUCACUGCAAUGACUUAGAUUUUGAGCGGCCAAAAGGCUACCAUCACCCACAUGGGUUUUUUGACGACGACGAUUCACAGAUCUGUUACAAUUCAAAAAGAUCUCCUAGGAGACGGUUGCUACCUCCAACACCUACAUCAAAUCGCCGCUCUUCCUUCAACUUUGAAUGCCUCCGCAGACAAAGCAGUCAAGAUGAGAUACCUCUCUCUCCUACUUUUCACCACCGCACCGCUUUACCACUGCAUUUAAUGCAACAACAGAUCAUGGCAGUUGCAGGUCUGGAUUCCAGUAAAGCUCACAAACAUUCACCAAGUCGUUCAACACGUUCCUGGGCCACCCCACCAGCUACCCCACCCAACCGGGACCGUACUCCAUAUUAUACACCUCUAAUCCAAGUUGACAGGGCUGAAUCUACAGAGCAGAUGAAUGGUAGCCUACCGUCUUUGAACAGGAGCUCCUGGUAUACAGAUGACCCUGAUAUUUCCUACCGAACAUUCACACCAGCCAAUUUAACUGUACCUAAUGACUUUAGGCAUAAACAUAGUGACAAACAGAGAAGUGCAGACAGUUUGGUAGAAGCGGUACUUAUAUCUGAAGGCCUAGGGCGGUAUGCAAAGGACCCUAAAUUUGUUUCAGCUACUAAACAUGAGAUUGCUGAUGCUUGUGACAUGACUAUUGAUGAGAUGGAAAGUGCAGCAAGUAACCUUCUCAAUGGAAAUAUUAGCAAUGGGACCAAUGGGGAUAUGUUCCCCAUUUUAAGCAGGCAAGAUUAUGAACUUCAAGACUUUGGUACUGGUUAUAGUGAUGAAGAACAAGACACUGGUAGAUAUGAAGAAGACUUAGCUGAUGAAAUGAUAUGCAUUACAACCUUAUAGUAUUUAGCAAGAAACAAAUAAAUAAUUUUUAAUAACAGAAAAAGUGCCUCAUAGUUCAAAGAUGCUAGGCACUAGUUGGAAUUAAUAAUUAAUCAAGCUUUGUACAAGUGAUGUCACACCUCAAGAAGCCAUAAUUUAUUUAUCAGUAAGUGUCUCCAGUUGUUGAAAUGUGACCAAUGCUGUAGUACGUCAAGUCCUUUACCACAGAAUCUUCAUUUCCUCAGUAGGAAUAGAGUUAUGUAAAACCAAGCCGAUUCUGAAGAUCCCGUUUCCAGAAGACUAGAGAAGAGUUCUGAGGUGUAAUAUCUUGCCUGUCUUUCAAACUUGUGCUACUGUCAUUCACAGUGAAGCAGGAGUUUCUGAAUGAAAAAUGUGUGUAGGUCCAGCACAAAAAUAUGUGGGGAAGACUACUAUGUGAGACAGGUGAUGGCAAUCAAAAGUGUCAUUACCUCAGCAUUCAAUAGCAUAUCAAAUGUUAACUGCAUUCAGCAUAUCCAUUCUAACAUUGUUUUCAAACUUGCCUCCUGAUUUAUUUUUCUUAACGCUCUUCUAAAAUAUGUCAAACUCUACCUACCAGAAAAAGAACCUAAAAACAUUUCUGUCAUAUGUAACAUUAGUUUACAUAGGAAAAUAUCAUUCAGAUAGUCUGUUUUAUGACUAUCAUGUUAAGGGCAAAAUAUACUGGAAUAAUUGCAUUCUUACUAAUGCACUUGCAACCAGGUUAAAGUAGAAUUAGUUAAAAUAGUUUGUUAAUUAUAUAGUAGAAAUUACUGUAAAUGAAUUGUAAUAUACAAUAAUUUGUAUUUGUAAAGAGAUGUUCUAUAUUUUGUAAUUAUUGUACCGUAAUUGAACUGCAGCAAUAUUUAUGAAACCUAAUUAUUGUAAUUCUCCGCAGAAUUCUAGAUAUAAGUAUUUUUACUUGGAAUAUAUAGAGCUAUAGGAUAAAUAUUUAACUAGAGCCACCACUCAAUGUAAAUCUCUUUUUGGGGUAAGGUUUCAGGUUUAGAGAAACUUGACAAUAUUCAGAUUUUAUAAAAUAUUUUGAGUCAAUAAGAAUCUCUCUUUACAUAAGGGAUGCACAGAUAUCUAUUUUCAGUCCUAUAUUCAGAAAGUUAAAAGAAUGGAAAUUAUCUGCUAAUUUUUUUGAUUGACAAUAAGCUGUGAUCUUUUUAUUAUAAAUAUCCUAAAUUAUAGAUAAAUACUAAAUUAAUUGAAGAAAUUGGCCAAGUCUUCAUUGGUCUUGAGACAUUUAUAAUUUUAUCACAACUAAAUUGACCAAGUAGCCGAAUUCUGUAUUCGGAAUAUGGGGGAGAAAUUUUUUUGCAGGUGGAUGAAAAUGUCUAAAUUCCAAUCCUGUGUACUAAUUAUUCUGCUCAUAAUAAAAAACAAGAUAAAAGGACUCUCCCUAGAACCAAUCAGAUUCCUGAUAUAUAAAAAUACUACGUUAUUGCCUCUCCCCUUUUGCUGUUCUAUGUGCAGAUUAUAUACUUUAAAGGAUUUAUUUUUAUGCAAUUGAAAGAGGGAUUAGGUUCUGUUCACGAUGCAGUAAAACCCUGAUACAAAUACAAUUUUGGGGGAAAAUGUCAAAAUCUUCUAUUUUAUUAACACUGAAUAAAUUUGACUUGCUCUGCAAAGUUACCUUAUCAGGGUUUACCUGUACUUAACAAGAUAGGUAGCAAUUCAGUUCACAUUUUUAAAAUGUGAAAUAUAAAACAUGUCAAUAAACAUUUUUGUACAUAAUGAGUUUGCUAUGGAUACCUUACAGACCUCUUCUUGAAUCAUUCUUUUGUCAAAUGCCAGGAUAAAACUUAAGGGUUUGUAAAUUAUUUCUUGACCUACAUCAUUUUGUAUUAAAGCAAAUGCAAAAUGUUCUUCAGAAUAAAACCGUGUAAUA